AUUGGAACCAGAACCUAAUCGAAACGAGCCCUUCUACAUUUCUCUGGGACCAAGUCCGUCUACAUUUCUCUGCUCCAAACUCCGGUUCCUGUCUGCAUUCUGCGCUGUUUCUUUUCUUCAAACCUAGGGAGAGAGGGAGAGAAAGACAGAUGAUACAGCUUCUCUACGGGGUGAUCUUCGCCGAGAUGGCGUUGAUCCUGGCGCUGCUCUUCAAGACGCCGCUGCGGAAGCUCGUGAUCAUGGCCUUGGAUCGGGUCAAGCGAGGCAGAGGCCCCGUCAUGGUCAAGACCGUCUCCGGGACCAUCUUCGUCGUCCUGCUCUCCAGCCUCUACAGCAUGGUCAACAUUCAGAACCGCUCCAUCGAGGCUGGUGCUCCCAAUCCUACCGACCAGGUUCUCAUGUCCCGGCACCUGCUGGAGGCCUCUCUUAUGGGAUUUCUGCUGUUCCUCGCACUGAUGAUUGACAGACUACACCACUACAUCAGGGAGCUUCGUCAACUGAGGAAGACAAUGGAAGCUGCCAAGAAGCAGACCCGAGGCCUCGAUGAUGGUAAAACUGGCACCAGUACAGAAGAUGUUAAAGCACUUGGCGAAGAGGUUGCUACUCUGCGCAGUAAGGUGAAGAAACUGGAGGCCGAAUGUGAAGCCAAAGGAAAACAGGCAAAAGCCUCCGAAGAGGAAGCAGAGGCUAUUAGGAAACAAUCGUAAGGUUCGUGUCUUGAGAAUGGUCGACCGCAAGAAGACAACCAAAGCCUUCGCAGCCGGAUUGAGUCGAUAGAAUCUGGAGGGCAAGAAGGAUGUGUAAUUCCUGAUUGAAGAACUUUUAACCAUGUUUGAUUCAAAUUCUAUACUAUUACCCUGCAGAUAACUCGAAUAGGUGGUUAUUAGGAGCAUUGGAAGCCUAGAGGGUUUCACUUGUUGAAGUUAUUACAUUGUUACCUUGUUCCAGUGCACAAAGGUCGUGAAGCCAAACGGAAUUAAGAAUGAACGGCAUGGUUUACA